AUGGUCGAAACCCAGAAAUUUCACUCCGCUCUAGCUGUAACCAACGUGAAGUCUCUUAUUCCAAUCACCUUGGACAUGGAAACUGGCCAGUAUCACUCAUGGGCAACCUUAUUCAAGGUUCAAGCCAAAGUUCAUUCGGUUCUUGAACAUAUAAUCCCUCCUACAGAUGAUGAAGCCAAGAAGAAGUACCAAGCCUCCAAGGACGCCGAUCUUCCUCUAUGGAAUCAAAAGGCUUGGCAGUGUGUGGCUGAUUUAUUUCAAGAUAACAAAAACACUCGGGCAGUAUAUCUUGAAACUCAGUUCACGAACACGAGCUUGGCAGAUUUCUCUUCAACCUCCGCCUAUUGCAAUCAGCUCAAAUCUCUUGCCGACCAAUUGUCCAAUGUUGGGGCCCCUAUUUCCAAUCAACGUCCACUGUUACGUCUCCUAGCUGGCUUAACCGAAGCAUAUAGCGGGUUUGUCACGGUUAUGCAACAAAAGGAUCACUUACCAACCUUUGCGACACUGUGUUCUCGUUUAAAGUUAGAGGAGACCACAAUUAAAGAUAUGGCAGCCUGUGAUUCUAGUUCCACCUCCUUCCUGUCCGUGGAUAACGACUCUUCUUCUCAGCCACCAUAG